UGGCCCGGAACCAUCCUGCGCCGGGAAAAGGGCGGCGGGGGACGGCGGCGGCAGGCGGCUUCCGGUCCCCAGGGGCCACUUCCGGCAGGGUCGUUACGCUGCCGCGAUGGAGACCAUCCUAGAGCAGCAGCGCCGCUACCACGAGGAGCGCGAGCGCCUAAUGGACGUCAUGGUCAAGGAGAUGCUCACGCGCAAGUCCACGCUGCGGGACCAGAUCAACUCGGACCACCGCACGCGGGCCAUGCAGGACAGGUACAUGGAGGUGAGCGGUAACUUGAGAGACUUGUACGACGACAAGGACGGGUUGAGGAAGGAAGAGCUCAGCGCCAUUUCAGGGCCCAAUGAAUUUGCUGAAUUCUACAACCGCUUGAAGCAGAUCAAAGAGUUCCAUCGGAAACACCCAAAUGAGAUUUGUGUGCCAAUGUCAGUGGAGUUUGAGGAGCUCUUGAAGGCCCGGGAGAACCCCAGUGAAGAGGCUCAGAACCUUGUGGAGUUCACUGAUGAAGAAGGAUAUGGCCGCUACUUGGACCUGCAUGACUGUUUUCUCAAGUACAUUAAUCUGAAGUCCUCAGAGAAAUUGGACUACAUCACAUAUCUGUCCACUUUUGAUCAGCUUUUUGACAUUCCUAAGGAGAGGAAAAAUGCAGAAUACAGGAGGUACUUGGAGAUGCUUCUGGAAUACCUGCAGGAUUACACAGACCGGGUGAAGCCGCUGCUAGACCAGAAUGAGCUUUUCGGCAAAAUCCAGGCAGAGUUUGAGAAGAAAUGGGAGAAUGGCACUUUCCCUGGUUGGCCGAAAGAGACCAGCAGCGCCCUCACCCAUGCUGGGGCCCACCUGGACCUCUCGGCCUUCUCUUCCUGGGAGGAGUUGGCCUCCCUAGGACUGGAUAGGCUGAAAUCUGCACUACUGGCUUUGGGUCUGAAAUGCGGUGGGACACUGGAAGAACGUGCACAGAGGCUGUUCAGCACCAAGGGCAAGUCCCUGGAGGCCCUUGAUCCCUCCCUCUUUGCCAAGAACCCAAAGACAAAGGGGAGCAAGCGGGACACGGAGAGGAAUAAGGAUUUGGCCUUCCUGGAGGCUCAGGUCUACGAGUACGUGGAGAUCCUUGGGGAGCAGCGACAGCUGACCCAUGAAAACGUGCAGCGCAAGCAGGCGCGGACCGGUGAGGAGCGUGAGGAGGAAGAGGAAGAGCAGAUCAGUGAGAGUGAGAGUGAAGAUGAAGAGAACGAAAUCAUCUACAACCCCAAAAACUUGCCCCUGGGUUGGGAUGGCAAGCCCAUCCCCUAUUGGCUCUACAAGCUCCAUGGCCUGAACAUCAACUACAACUGUGAGAUAUGCGGGAACUACACGUACCGAGGGCCGAAAGCUUUCCAACGACACUUUGCGGAAUGGCGCCAUGCCCAUGGCAUGCGGUGCCUGGGCAUCCCCAACACAGCUCACUUUGCAAAUGUGACGCAGAUUGAAGAUGCCGUUUCAUUGUGGGCUAAGCUGAAGCAACAGAAGGCCUCUGAGCGGUGGCAGCCGGACACAGAAGAAGAAUACGAGGACUCCAGCGGGAACGUGGUCAACAAAAAGACCUAUGAAGACCUGAAACGUCAAGGCCUGCUGUGAUUAAGGAAACAUUGGCUUUCCUUGUCCUGCUGUGGUCCUCCUCCCCCCUCCACGUGAGCGUCAAGGACACUUACAGCAAACCGGGUGGAGCCUGUAACCGUUUUUAUCUGAAAAUAAACCCUACUUUUAGAGGCAGAAGGAAUGGGCA